CGUGCGCUCUACUGCACGCUAUUCCCAAGGACAUGCUCGACCCCGAAAAUGCCCGUGGAUUUCCUCCGACCGGAGAUGAUCUGUCUGGUUGACAGGUGCUCGGGUGGUAAGAGUCCCAGGGCCCUGACAGGAGACUGACGAUGGACAGUGAGCCAACUACGCUGGAGUUACGGAGUCGGUUGGUGAAGCAGUAGAUGAAAGAGUUCUCAAACACGGCCAAACCCGAUGAUGACUGUCCUCCGGACUACGGUCCAGAUGAAGCUGCCAUGCUGACGGUGAAUGUCACCAACUAGCGGAUGAUCAUGGCUUACCGGAGACCUGGCACGGUGGAGGAAGGGCGAUCGAUAGUCUUCCUCUUAGUGCCCUCGCCCGACGGCCAAACUAUUGCUUCUCGACACAUUGCGAUCCCGUCCGAUCCUUCAUCGCCACCAACAAACAGAAUAAGAAAAAAUAAAAUAAAAUCAUAGUUGACUCGGCAAUUCCCGAUCUUAUUUCUCUCAAGGGGUUCGUGAGGGGAAGCUCCACCGGUGAAUCUGCCGUGCGACAUUCUUUGGACGUAUCUUUGCCAGCUCUGGCGGUGUCUCGGGCAGCGGCCUUCACUCGUUGACAGCUCAUAUGCACGAUGCCAGGAUCCUGCGCUCCUGAAACAGGUUCCGGGAAAAUGAGCUGACUUGGGACUUCUGGUCAAUUUGCCCCAAUAACCCGGCCAUAAUCAUCGUUAUGAUCACCACGACGAGGUAUUCCCGUUGCUUUUCUUGCCCGGCGGCGAUGCCCCUGCCUCGUCCGUACACUGGCGUCUGCUAUAAGACUAAUAAUAACCACCUGGCAGUGACCCGAGGCUGAGCUCGCCGCUUAUCAGACAUGAU